GUCUCCCCUUCUGCACCUCCUCCCUUAGCCUUUGAAGCAACCAAGCCGAUUCGAUUCGAUUCGAUUCACAAGCACGAGAUCAGCAGAAAUUGCAAGGAGCGAGAGAUCCCGAGAGCUUGCUUUCUUCUUGGACUAAUUUUGGUACAUCGUGAGGGCAGCAUCAGGCAUGGGGCGCGGGAAGAUCGAGAUCAAGAGGAUCGAGAACGCGACGAACCGGCAGGUGACCUUCUCGAAGCGGCGGGGAGGGCUGCUGAAGAAGGCCAACGAGCUCGCCGUGCUCUGCGACGCCCGUGUCGGCGUCGUCAUCUUCUCCAGCACCGGCAGGAUGUUCGAGUACUCCAGCCCUACUUCCAGCUUGAGGGAACUCAUCCAGCAGUACCAGAACACCACCAACAGCCAGUUCGAGGAGAUUAAUCACGACCAGCAAAUCUUUGUGGAGAUGACACGGAUGAGGAACGAGUUGGAGAAGCUGGAGAGCGGCAUCCGGCAGUACACCGGCGACGACCUCUCCUCGCUCUCCCUCGCUGAUGUUGGAGACAUCGAACAGCAGCUCGAGUUGUCCGCCAGCAAAGUCCGGGCAAGAAAGAUUCAGCUCAUAAACCAGCAGGCCGACAACUUACGUCGCAAGGGGCACAUCUUGGAAGAUCAGAACACUCUCCUGUGCCGCAUGUACAAUGAGAGCCAGCAGCAUGGUGUGGGGGGCAGCGGCGGCGGGGAGGUGAAGAUGAUGGGGAUGUCGCCGGUGCUGUCGAUGCUGCCGCCGUCGGCCUUCCCGGCGACGCCGUACUACGGCGGCGGAGGCGGCGAGGAGUCGUCGAGCACUGCGCUGCAGCUGACCUCGCCGCUCCAAGCCGCCGAGGCUGCCGCGGCGGCGGCGGGGUUCCGGCUGCAGCCGACGCAGCCCAACCUGCAGGACCCGGCUUGCAGCAGCCUCCACGCCGGCCACGGCCUCCACCUCUGAGAUCUGAUCGUUGCGACGCGCGUGGAGAGAUUAAUUGGAAGGAAUUAAGAAGGUCACGGUGGAGGGAAUUAAUGGAAGAUUGAUAUGUCGUUAUGAUCUGCAUGCAUGCAUGAGAAAGACUAGUACAUUCAUUAGUUUGGGAACUAGAUAGUCCAUCAUAUCAUCUGGAUAAUAUUAAGUAUAUAAGAUUCGAGCUGUGUGUCGUGUGUGUCUCUGUUCUGUUACAUCCAUCAUCUGGAUAAUGUUAAGUUGGGUACUUCAGCUAGCUAGCUAGUACUAUUGGCUAGCUCAAUUCAUGUUUGUUUCUUCUAAACUCAGCUCAAUGCAUAGUUAAUACUUAAUUGUUGGCACGUA